ACUGCUCUCGGGACGCCUCCCUCCCCUACGGCGGAAUCGGCGGCCGCCGCCAGGAUCCGCGCCCGGUUCCCGAUCGAUUCCUGCCCGGCUCCGCUCGUGCUUCAGCCACGAGGUCCCGCCCGCGAUCCAGCUGAGCUGCCCAAGAUAGCCGGGUCCCAACUGCCCUCUUUCCCGAUCGACGGGCCGGCCUCGAUCCCCCAGCGCUCUCUCUUCCGCUAGGAUCCCAUCGCUAGCGUCCUCUGCUGUCGCUGGUGCUCUCGUUGGUUCCUAAAAAAAAAAUGUCUGCUGCAUCGGGCUAUGUUGCUGUCCCUCGCUGUCCGGUGAUCUUUGAUGGUACUAACUACACUGAGUUUACUGGCUUCAUGCGCAUUCACAUGCGUGGCAUCCGUCUUUGGGGUGUUCUUUCUGGCGAGGUCUGCUGUCCGCCACGUCCAGUUCCUCCGGUGGCUCCUACUCCGCCAACUCCAUCGGUUCUUCCUACGGAUGCUAAUCAGGCCGCCAAGGAUGCGGCUAAGGUUGCUGAUGAGGCUGCUAAUCGUGCUUAUGAUGAGACGGUUUUGGCUUAUGAGGAGGCUCUUCAGACAUAUCAUGGUGCUCUGUCUGUUUACACCCAGUGGCUUGAUGAUGAUGCUCGUGCUGCAGCUGUUCUCACUGCUAGUGUUCUACCUCAGUUUGCUUCUGAAUUUCUGGGUCUUUCUACUGUCUUUGAGAUGUGGACCCGUCUUCGUGAGCGCUAUCAGCCCUCUGGUGAUGCCUUAUACCUCUCUGUGAUCCGUCAGGAGCAUGCUCUUCAGCAGGGUGACUCCACUGUUGAUGACUUCUAUGCACAGAGUUCUGCUAUCUGGCGCCAGCUUGAUUCUCUUCGUAGUGCUGGGUGUCGUACCUGCCCCUGUUGCCAGGCUGUCCAGGCCAAUUUGGAGUUUCAUCGCGUCUAUGAGUUCUUGUCUCGGCUCCGUAAGGAGUUUGAGCCCCGGCGUGCUCAGUUGUUUGCUCGUGGCCGUAUUUCUCUCAUGGAGGCGCUUUCUGAGAUUCGUGCUGAGGAGACUCACUUACGUGGUGCUGGUUUGCUGGAGGUUCCCUCUGUGCUUGCUACUCGUGCUCCUACGCCACUUGCUCCACCGACCCCUUAUCGCUCGAGUGCUCCGCCGCUCUUGCCCACUCCUUCUGGAGGUUCAGGUCGCCCCCGUCCACAUUGCGCCUAUUGCAACAAUGAUGGUCAUCUUGAGUCUCAGUGCUACAUGAAGAAGAAACACAUGCGCAAGGCUCGAUCAUCAUCUUCCGGGACUUCGUCAUCUACCUCGACAGCUUCAGCCAUUGCUUUGACUGAGCAGGAUAUUCUGAGACUUAAGCGUCUGCUCGCGGCUUCAGGUUCUUCCUCGACGGGUACUGCUGGUUCUGUGACUGAUGCUUCCCGCACUGAGCAAUCACCCUCUACACAGUCAGGACCGUCACACGCACACUCUGGUUGGGGCUGGCCCUCGCCGCCGUGAUUCUCAGGGUCUUUGGGAGUUGGACUGGCUUCAUGUUCCUUCUGCUGCCACCACCAUCGCCAGUUCUUCCGCUUCUGUCGCCUCCGUCACUGGUUCCUUCCAGCAGUGGCAUCAUCGACUUGGUCAUCUGUGUGGUUCUCGGUUGUCUUCUU